AUACAUUUCGGGAACUCAACUUCCUGAUUUUUACAACUCAGUGCCAACUUUAACCACUGCUGUCUAGGUGUCAUGCCAUUCAGUCACCUCGCUACAAUAUGAUGUCUCAUACUCGCAGUUUUCUUCCUUUCUUUGUGCUUUUGCUCGUCUUUUCAACAGAAGGCGCUCUCUUUGGAUGUUAUGUGGCUCAUUGCCAGUUUACUUCCCCUGACGGCCACGAUGCCAUGUUCGUGGAUCAGUUUUACUUUAAUAAAGUGCUAGAAGUCCAAUACAACAGCAGUGUGGGGAAAGUAGUCGGUUACACAAAGAACGGAAUAAAAGUUGCAGAUAAGCUCAACGGUGACGAGGGCUUUAUGAAACAUCAGAUAUGGAAAUCAAACCUUUGCAAAAGAAAUGUCCAAAUGUUUUACGAUGGGCGCCAGAAUUCAGUCGAGCCCUACGUUUGGCUGAGGUCUGUGGAUGCAGCAGACAGCAGACGUCCAAGCAUGCUCGUCUGCAGCGCGUACAACUUUUACCCAAAACAAAUCAAACUAACGUGGCUCAGAGACGGAAAGCAGACAACAACUGAUGUGACUUCCACUGAGGAGCUGCCAAAUGGAAACUGGCUCUACCAGAUCCAUUCCUACUUGGAGUAUACACCCACACCUGAGGAAAAAAUCUCAUGCAUGGUGGAGCAUGCAAGCCUCAUGAAGCCCAUGAUAUAUGACUGGGAACCAUCACCUGACUCAGGGAGAGAUAAGAUUGCUGUUGGUGCAGCAGGGCUGCUGCUGGGUUUGGUGUUUUCAGUUGCUGGGCUCAUUUACUACAAGAAGAAAUCCAGUGGGCGGGUCAUGGUGUCAAUCACCGAGGUUUUAUACCCCGAUGACACACUUUGAGUCGGAGCAGCCUUUUGGAUUUCACUGAGAUUUUGGUUCUGAUUAUGUAAAACGUUGUGGUCGACUUGCUUGUCCUUAAACUGUCGUCUGAGCUUUUCACAGACACGCAGAGACUCACAUCAUCCACAUUUUCUCCUCACACUGUAAACUCAAUCCAAACUCUGCAUCACAUCAGCUGAGCUUCCACCAGCAAACAGCUGUGUACUGUUUCCUGUCUUCUUCAUUUUGGAAAGAAGAAUUUAAAAAGUGAAUGUAAUAUGAUGGGGUUUGUUUUUUUUUUUUAGCUUACUCUAACGCCCUCAAGUGGCCAAAAAAAUCUGUUAAUGCAGGUAAACCUUCAGCACAUGUCGAAAAUGGCAGCUGUAAAGCACUGCUGGGUGAAAACAGGAAAUGGGCAGUAAGGGCAUAAUAUUUAGACAUUGCAGAGAAAACGUGUAAUUAUUUAAAUUCAUGUUUAUCUAGUCUGUGUAACAAACAUGUGUCAUCCUGUCUUUCUAUCCCAGCUACCCUGGUGUGGAUGGUAAAUCAAUUUCAGCAUUAAUGUCGUUUAACUACUGAUAAUAAAUA